AUGCGCAUGGACAUGGCGAACGUCGCGCGUGCCGCGCAGCAGUGCCAGGCGGCUGCGCGGCCGCUUGGACGUGAUGCGCUCGGACGUGGCGUGCGUCGAGCGCGCCGCGCUGCAGCACCAGGCGGCUGCGCGGACGCUUGGUCGCGAUGCGCCUGGACAUGGCGAACGUCGCGCGCGCCGCGCAGCAGCGCCUGGCAGCUGCGUGGGCGCUUGGACGCGAUGCGCCCAGACGUGGCGAGCGUCGCGCGCGCCACUCAGCAGCGCCAAGCGGCUGUACGAGUGCUUGGACGCGGUGCGAGAAAAGUGGGCCGAGGGUAA